CUCAUAGCUCAGCGAACGAUUAAAUUCAUCUCAUCUCACCCUUUUCACUUCAUUUUGCCCCUAAAGUCGCCAUGAGCGUGUGCCGCUCAGCGACAUGUCUCUUUCGCCGUAGAAUACUCGCCGCCUCUUCCAGCACAACCGCGUCUAGUGCAAGUCGCCCCUUCUCAUCAACAUGUCUGCGCCAACGCAAUUCGGAGCGCAAGGUGCGGCCGGUGUACGAUCAAUUGCCCUCUGAGAAACUCGACGACAUCCAAGAUGUUACGAAGAUUCUUCCUUUCCGCAAAGAAGGUGGAGAAAUGGAACGGCAUUACACUCCUGAACAAAUUGAAGCAAUGCGAGAAGCGGAAAAGGCCAUUGACCCACGGGAUCUGGUUACGCAGGCGAGGAUGAGGACGGACCAUUGGGCACCACAGACGUUCGACGACUUUGCUUACAUUGAUCCGUUGGUGGAGAAGGACAAGGGAUAUGCGAAGCAGCUGCGAGAGAUCACGAGCGAUGCGUUUAUACCAAAGAUCGUUCGGCGGCUGAAGGACCCGAGGGAGACGAAGGAGCUGUUUGAGGAAGCAAGAAAGAUGAACUUGGCGCUCGACGUCAAGACCUUCAUCGACAAGCUCGAAGACUGGUGCAAGAAGAAUCCGGAACAGUUCCGUGAGCGAGAAAUGUACGUGCGGGAUGUCCUGCAUCGCUAUGUCCCCGUGGAAGGCGAUCAGGAGGACUGGCAAGAAGAGUUUGCCAAGUACAACGAGGCCGCCGAGGAGCUCAAGUCCAGAGGGCCGGCCGCGAAAGAGGAGUCUCUUGAAGAAGCGGGCCUUCGCCGCGUUGCGGCGGAAAUAGGCUUCGAGGUUAAGGACCUGCGCAAAUUCCGAGUCAAGAUGCUUGUCUUCCGACGUGUCGUCAAUCAGACGCGCAUGGGCAAGAUCCCCAGCAUGUACAACCUGGUGGCGGUGGGCAACGAGGACGGACUGAUUGGCAUGGGCGAAGGCAAAGGCGCUGAAUCAGGCGACGCCAGGCGGCAGGCGAUGCUGAACGCGUUCCGCAACCUCAAGUCGAUACACAGAUACGAGAACCGGACCAUAUACGGCCAGGUCAAGAAGAAGGUCGGCGGCACGACCGUGGAGAUCACCGCGAAGCCGCCCGGCUUUGGUCUGCGCUGCCAGCACCUGAUCUUCGAGCUUUGUCGUCUAGCCGGCAUCCACGACAUCAGCGCCCGUAUCGGCCGGUCGAGAAACCCUAUGAACACGGUCAAGGCUUUCUUUGAGGCCGUGACCGACCAGAAGCUGCCGGAUGACAUUGCCAGAGCGAGAGGGAGAAAGUUGGUCGACGUGAGAAAGGUCUAUUACGACGGCAAUGUUUACUGAGAAACGGCCUAGCUCUUUGGUGCUGGCCAGUCCUCUCAUGCUUUGUGUAACACAUAGAACUUUUCCUGUAAGCAUAGUAGUUUGUCGCAUGGCUCGGGUGUGCAUUGCAUCAAGCAUAGGCCGGCGCUGGCAUUGUACGCCCCUCAUCUUUUCCUCACCUCCCCCUCCCCUUUUUCCGAGCAUAAGAUGGGCCAACCAAACAAAAAUUCAAAACCUUGUUCUCGACG